GCUGGGAGACGUGCUAACAGCGGGAAUUUAGGUACAGGCUUACGCUCUCAUAGUCAUCAUAAGGCCAAGGGCCCCUGAAAACAAACACAGCAAUGUUUGGGGCCAGGCGGUCAGGUGUUUCAGCGGGGCAGGGGGGCCUGGCCCACAUUUUAGCUCAUAACUCACGGUUGGGCCUCCCAGCUCUUCCACUAAGUAGUGUUUGACCUUGGGAAAUACCUAUUCCUCUCUCUGUGCCUCAGUUUCCUCUUUGUAGGAGAGAACAAAUAUGCUUAUGUCUGUGGGUUGUGAUUAGGUUUCUGGCAUGCUGUAAGUGCUCACAAACAGUGCUGGCUGUGACACUUUGUUAGUUGUCCCAGGAGGAGUUGCUGAACCAAUUCUCUGAGUGUCUGCAAAGCUGGGAAGGCUAGCUGUUGAUUUUUGUAGUGGAACCAAGAGGAGUUUGGAAUGUAGGCAGGCUCAGCUAGCCAGACCAAAGCAAAUUUGGUGUGAGUUCAUGAACUUGGGGGGCCAGUGGUGAACCCUUCCCAUCUGAGCAACUGCACAGCAAUUCAGAAGACCUGAGGGGGUCAGUGGACCCCAUGAAGCUUAGGUGCUGGGUCUGGGUUGUGUCUGGGCCCUAAAACACCAGCCUGCAUCGGAAAGGCCUCAUCUGCAGCAGUAAGCAGGUGACCCUCUGCCUCGGUGUGAGUCUAGCCCUGUCCCUGCAGAGGACAUUGGGGCUCCCCAAUCCACGCUGACAUGGCUGACAGCAUCUUGCCACCCCCAUCUGCAGCAGCCCAGGCCUCUGAGCCGGGAAUCACUGAGCAGCCAGGGUCCCAGAGUCCCCCUCCGUCCCCUCCAGGCCUGGAGGAGCCACUGGAUGGGGCCAACCCUGACAUCCCACACCCAGACCUGGCGCCUGUUGCCUUCUUCUGCCUGCGCCAGACCACGAGCCCCCGGAACUGGUGCAUCAAGAUGGUAUGUAACCCGUGGUUCGAGUGUGUAAGCAUGUUGGUCAUCCUGCUCAACUGUGUGACCCUGGGCAUGUACCAGCCAUGUGACGACAUGGAGUGCCUGUCGGACCGCUGCAAGAUCCUACAGGUCUUUGAUGACUUCAUCUUCAUCUUCUUCGCCAUGGAGAUGGUGCUUAAGAUGGUGGCCCUGGGCAUUUUUGGCAAGAAGUGCUACCUCGGGGACACAUGGAACCGCCUGGAUUUCUUCAUUGUUAUGGCAGGGAUGGUCGAAUACUCUCUGGACCUUCAGAACAUCAACCUGUCAGCCAUCCGCACUGUGCGCGUCCUGAGGCCCCUCAAAGCCAUCAACCGUGUACCCAGCAUGCGGAUCCUGGUGAACCUCCUGCUGGACACGCUGCCCAUGCUGGGGAACGUGCUUCUGCUCUGUUUCUUUGUCUUCUUCAUCUUCGGCAUCAUCGGCGUGCAGCUCUGGGCAGGCCUGCUGCGGAACCGCUGCUUCCUGGAGGAGAACUUCACCGUACAAGGGGAUGUGGCUCUGCCCCCUUAUUACCAGCCAGAGGAGGAUGACGAGAUGCCCUUUAUCUGCUCCCUGUCGGGGGACAAUGGCAUCAUGGGCUGCCAUGAGAUCCCCCCGCUGAAGGAGCAGGGCCGAGAAUGCUGCCUGUCCAAAGAUGAUGUGUAUGACUUUGGGGCGGGGCGCCAAGACCUCAACGCCAGCGGCCUCUGCGUCAACUGGAACCGCUACUACAAUGUCUGCCGCACAGGCAAUGCCAACCCUCACAAGGGCGCCAUCAACUUCGACAACAUCGGCUAUGCCUGGAUUGUGAUCUUCCAGGUGAUCACUCUGGAAGGCUGGGUGGAGAUCAUGUACUAUGUGAUGGACGCACAUUCUUUCUACAACUUCAUCUACUUCAUCCUGCUCAUCAUAGUGGGCUCCUUCUUCAUGAUCAACCUGUGCCUCGUUGUCAUAGCAACCCAAUUCUCGGAGACCAAGCAACGGGAGCACCGGCUGAUGCUGGAGCAGCGCCAGCGCUACCUGUCCUCCAGCACGGUGGCCAGUUACGCCGAGCCUGGUGACUGUUACGAGGAGAUCUUCCAAUAUGUCUGUCACAUCCUUCGCAAGGCCAAGCGCCGUGCCUUGGGCCUCUACCAGGCCCUGCAGAAUCGGCGCCAGGCCACGGGCCCGGGGACACCGGCCCCUGCUAAGCCUGGGCCCCACUCCAAGGAAUCCAGCCACUGCAAGCUGUGCCCACGACACAGUUCCCUGGACCCCACACCCCACACUUUGGUGCAGCCCAUUUCUGCUAUCCUGGCCUCCGACCCAAGCAGCUGUCCGCGCUGCCAGCAUGAGGCAGGCAGGAGGCCCUCAGGCCUGGGCAGCAUGGAUUCGGGCCAGGAAGGCUCGGGCUCUGGUGGCUCUGCAGAAGCUGAAGCCGAUGGGGAUGGACCCCAGAGCAGCGAGGAUGGAGCCUCCUCGGGCUUGGAGAAGGAGGAGGAGCAGGAGGAUGGGGCGGCUCGACUGUGUGGUGACGUGUGGCGAGAGACACGAGCCAAGCUGCGGGGCAUCGUGGACAGCAAGUACUUCAACAGAGGCAUCAUGAUGGCCAUCCUGGUCAACACUGUCAGCAUGGGCAUCGAGCACCAUGAGCAGCCGGAGGAGCUGACCAACAUUCUGGAGAUCUGUAAUGUUGUCUUCACCAGCAUGUUUGCCCUGGAGAUGAUCCUGAAGCUGGCGGCCUUCGGGCUCUUCGAUUACCUGCGAAACCCCUACAACAUCUUUGACAGCAUCAUUGUCAUCAUCAGCAUAUGGGAAAUAGUGGGGCAGGCGGACGGAGGCCUGUCGGUGCUGCGCACCUUCCGGCUGCUGCGGGUGCUGAAGCUGGUGCGCUUCAUGCCGGCGCUGCGGCGCCAGCUCGUGGUGCUCAUGAAGACCAUGGACAACGUGGCCACCUUCUGCAUGCUGCUCAUGCUCUUCAUCUUCAUCUUCAGCAUCCUUGGGAUGCAUAUCUUCGGCUGCAAAUUCAGCCUCCGUACGGACACUGGAGAUACAGUCCCUGACAGGAAGAACUUUGACUCCUUACUGUGGGCCAUUGUCACAGUGUUCCAGAUCCUCACUCAGGAGGACUGGAAUGUUGUUCUCUACAAUGGUAUGGCCUCCACCACCCCAUGGGCCUCCCUGUACUUUGUCGCCCUCAUGACCUUUGGCAACUACGUACUCUUCAAUCUCCUGGUGGCCAUCCUGGUAGAGGGUUUCCAGGCCGAGGGUGAUGCUAAUCGCUCCUACUCUGAUGAGGACCAGAGUUCAUCUAACAUGGAGGAGUUUGACAAGCUCCCAGAGGGCCUGGACAAUAGUGGGGAUCUCAAGCUCUGCCCAAUACCCAUGACACCCAAUGGACACCUGGACCCUGGCCUCCCCCUGGGUGGGCAUCCAGGUCCCACUGGUGCCAUGGGCACCGCCCCCCGCCUCUCACUGCAGCCAGACCCGGUACUGGUGGCCCUAGACUCCCGCAAAAGCAGUGUCAUGUCACUGGGCAGGAUAAGCUAUGACCAGCGUUCCUUGUCCAGUUCCCGGAGCUCCUACUAUGGGCCCUGGGGCCGCAGCGGAACCUGGGCCAGUCGCCGCUCCAGCUGGAACAGCCUGAAGCACAAGCCACCCUCAGCUGAGCACGAGUCUCUGCUCUCGGGGGAGCGUGGUGGCAGUUGCGUCAGGGCCUGUGAGGGUGCCCGGGAGGAGGCGCCAACCCGCACCGCACCUCUGCAUGCCCCGCAUGCCCACCACCCGCACCAUGGACCCCAUCUUGCGCACCGUCACCGCCACCACCGCCGGACGCUGUCCCUUGAUACCAGGGACUCAGUGGACCUGGCAGAGCUGGUACCCGUGGUGGGUGCCCACUCGCGGACUGUUUGGAGGGCCCCGGGACAGGCUCCUGGGCAUGAGGACUGCAAUGGCAGAAUGCCGAACAUCGCCAAAGAUGUCUUCACCAAGAUGGAUGACCGCCAUGACCGUGGGGAGGACGAGGAGGAGAUCGACUAUACCCUGUGUUUCCGCGUCCGCAAGAUGAUUGAUGUCUACAAGCCCGACUGGUGCGAGGUCCGUGAGGACUGGUCGGUCUACCUCUUCUCCCCCGAGAACAAGUUCCGGAUCCUGUGUCAGACGAUCAUCGCUCACAAGCUCUUCGACUAUGUGGUCUUGGCCUUCAUCUUCCUCAACUGUAUCACCAUUGCUCUGGAGAGGCCCCAGAUUGAAGCUGGCAGCACUGAGCGCAUCUUCCUCACGGUGUCUAACUACAUCUUCACAGCCAUCUUUGUGGGCGAGAUGACACUGAAGGUGGUUUCUCUGGGCCUGUACUUCGGUGAGCAGGCGUACCUACGAAGCAGCUGGAAUGUACUGGAUGGCUUCCUGGUCUUUGUGUCCAUCAUCGAUAUAGUGGUAUCUGUGGCCUCCGCGGGUGGAGCUAAGAUUCUGGGGGUCCUCCGGGUCCUGCGGCUCCUACGCACCUUACGCCCUUUGAGGGUCAUCAGCCGGGCCCCCGGCUUGAAGCUGGUGGUGGAGACACUCAUCUCCUCCCUCAAGCCCAUCGGCAACAUCGUGCUCAUCUGUUGUGCCUUCUUCAUCAUCUUUGGCAUCCUGGGGGUGCAGCUUUUCAAGGGAAAGUUCUAUCACUGCCUGGGAGUGGACACCCGAAACAUCACCAACAGAUCUGACUGCGUGGCCGCCAACUACCGCUGGGUUCAUCACAAGUACAACUUUGACAACCUGGGCCAGGCUCUGAUGUCCCUCUUUGUCUUGGCCUCCAAGGAUGGCUGGGUGAACAUCAUGUAUAAUGGAUUGGAUGCUGUCGCUGUUGACCAGCAGCCUGUGACCAACCACAACCCGUGGAUGCUGCUGUACUUCAUCUCCUUCCUGCUCAUCGUCAGCUUCUUCGUGCUCAACAUGUUUGUGGGAGUGGUGGUAGAGAACUUCCACAAGUGCCGGCAGCACCAGGAGGCUGAGGAGGCCCGGAGGCGCGAGGAGAAGCGGCUACGGCGCCUGGAGAAGAAGCGCCGCAAGGCCCAGAGGCUGCCCUACUAUGCCACCUACUGUCCCACGAGGCUGCUCAUUCACUCCAUGUGCACUAGCCACUACCUGGACAUCUUCAUCACCUUCAUCAUCUGUCUCAACGUGGUCACCAUGUCCCUGGAGCACUACAACCAGCCUACGUCCCUAGAGACAGCCCUCAAAUACUGCAACUACAUGUUUACCACUGUCUUUGUGCUGGAGGCUGUGCUGAAGCUGGUGGCAUUUGGCCUGAGGCGUUUCUUCAAGGACCGAUGGAACCAGCUGGACCUGGCCAUUGUGCUGCUGUCUGUCAUGGGCAUCACACUGGAGGAGAUUGAGAUCAACGCGGCCCUGCCCAUCAACCCCACCAUCAUCCGCAUCAUGCGAGUUCUGCGUAUUGCCCGGGUGUUGAAGCUGUUGAAGAUGGCCACAGGAAUGCGGGCCCUGCUGGACACGGUGGUACAGGCUCUGCCCCAGGUGGGCAACCUGGGCCUCCUCUUCAUGCUUCUCUUCUUCAUCUAUGCUGCCCUGGGAGUGGAGCUCUUUGGAAAGCUGGUCUGCAAUGACGAGAACCCGUGUGAGGGCAUGAGCCGGCACGCUACCUUUGAGAACUUCGGCAUGGCCUUCCUCACGCUCUUCCAGGUCUCCACAGGCGAUAAUUGGAAUGGAAUCAUGAAGGACACGCUUCGAGACUGCACCCACGAUGAGCGCAGCUGCCUCAGCAGCCUGCAGUUCGUGUCCCCGCUGUACUUUGUGAGCUUCGUGCUCACGGCUCAGUUUGUGCUCAUCAACGUGGUGGUGGCUGUGCUCAUGAAACACCUGGAUGACAGCAACAAGGAGGCCCAGGAGGACGCAGAGAUGGAUGCUGAGAUCGAGCUGGAGAUGGCCCAUGGCCUGGGCCCUGUCCCCGGCCCCGGCCCCGGCCCCGGCCCCUGCCCCUGCCCUGGCCCGAGGCUGCCUACUAGUUCACCAGGAGCCCCAAGCCGUGGAUCAGGAGGGGCAGGUGUUGGGGGUGACAACGAGGGCCACCUGUGCCGGCACUGCUAUUCUCCAGCCCAGGAGACCCUGUGGCUGGACAGCGUCUCUUUAAUCAUCAAGGACUCCUUGGAGGGGGAGCUGACCAUCAUUGACAACCUGUCCGGCUCCAUCUUCCACCACUACUCCUCACCUGCUGGCUGUGACAAGUGUCACCAUGACAAGCAAGAGGGACCUGUUGCUCAGCGCUCCAGGCCCAGGCUGCCCCAUCCCAGCCCCAGGGUGACCCGAGGCCACCACCUCCCCCUGCAGGUGCAGCUGGCUGAGACAGAGGCCUUCUCCCUGAACUCAGACAGGUCCUCGUCUGUCCUGCUGGGGGAUGACCUGAGUCUUGAGGACCCGACAGCCUGCCCACAGGGCCCCAAGGAAAGCAAGGGUGAGCUGGAGCCUCCGGAGCCCUUGCAGGCAGGAGACCUGGAUGAAUGCUUUUUCCCCUUUGCCAAUGCGCCAGUGUCUGCAGGCCCAGAGAGCCUGCUGUGUGAGAUGGAGGCCAUCCCGUUCAACCCUGUCCAGUCCUGGCUCAAACAUGAGAGCAGCCAAGCGCCCCCAAGCCCCUUCUCCCCGGAUGCCUCCAGCCCUCUCCUGCAGAUGCCCGUGGAGUUCUUCCAUCCCGCUGUGUCUGCCAGCCAGAAGGGACAGGGACCGGGCAUGAGUGCCGGAGCACUGCCCAAGAUCGCCCUUCAGGGCUCCUGGGCAUCCCUGAGGUCACCAAGUGUCAACUGCACCCUCCUGCGCCAGGCUACUGUGAGUGACACAUCCCUGGAUGCCAGCCCGAGCAGCUCAGCCGGCAGCCUGCAGACCACACUGGAGGACAGUCUGACACUGAGUGACAGUCCCCGGCGUGGCCUGGGACCACCAGUCCAGGUGCCAGGGCCACGAGCUGGCCUGUCGCCAACCACCCGGCGCCGUCUCAGCCUGCGGGGCCGCGGCCUGUUUAGUCUGCGUGGCCUGCGGGCCCAUCAGCGCAGCCACAGCAGCGGCGGCUCCACCAGCCCCGGCUGCACCCACCACGACUCCAUGGACCCCUCCGAUGAGGAGGGCCGCGGGGGCACAGGUGGCGGGGGUGCAGGCAGUGAGCACUCUGAGACCCUCAGCAGCCUGUCACUCACGUCGCUCUUCUGCCCACCGCCCACGCUGCCACCCCCGGGCCUCACCCCUGCCAGGAAGUUCAGCAGUACCAGCAGCCUGGCGGCUGGACCCGGGCGCCCUGGCGCCACUGUCUCAGCCGGAGGCUUGGCCAGGAGCCCCUCAUGGGCUGCAGACCGCAGCAAGGACCCACCAGGCCAGGUCCAGCUGGCUUCGGGCUUGGGCUCCUCAGCCCCUGAGCCACAACCACCUCCUGGGGAGCUGGAGUCAGCUGAUGCGGCAAGCAAGAGGAAGAGAUGAGAGGCUGCGGGGGCUGCGGGGGGAGCUGCCACCUGCUGUCCGCCCGCCCGCCCCAUCUUGCCUUCUUUUACCUCAGGAGCCAGGGAGCAGACAGCAAUACUUUGCCUACACCUGGGAGUGGCAUAGGGGCCAGCCAGCGCCAGGCCACUGGGCAGGCGACUGAAGAGGGUCUGGGUUAGCUGAGGCUCGUGUGUGGCCCCACCCGUGGCCCUUCCAGUGCAUAUGCAGAUAUAUACAUAUACAUAUAUAUAUACAUAGACAGACAUAUAUUUAUUUAUUUUUUUUACUGAGAGCUUAUGAAUCCUAGAAAGUGCUAAAGUUGAGGGUGCAGGCCAGGGCCCAGACAGGGGUCUCGGCUGUUGGUUAGCACACAGGCCCUCACAGCACAGACGCUCCUAGUGGGGCAUCAGUGGAUGUCGUUUCGGGAUCUCCCCGAGUUGAGAGCAGCUUGGGAGGAUGUUCAGGGCCCAGGAGACAGAAGAGAAGCAAUUCAGGGUGCACUUUUUUCCCUUUUAAAGACAAGACGCUGCUAAGAUCCCCAACCUCUACCCACAUGUCGGGGUGUCAGUCUUGUCCCUCUGACUAUUGUGUUGUUGUGAAGUCUUUUGUAGACACUCUUGACACACAAACUUUCUUAGUUAGCCAGCUAGAUGUUCUCUUUAGAAAAACCAGGGGGGAUUUUAGUCUUAUUUCUUAGAGCAGGGUUGGGGGAACAGGGCAGUUCUGAGACUGGGCAGGGGGCUUAGGACACAGGUUAUGUUUUGAUUUGUGUGAGCAUUUUGGGGACAGUUCAAACCCCCCCCAGGAAGGCAGCAAACAGGAAUAAUUCAUGCAUGAGAGGGGAUGGGUGAAGGGGUCCAUGGGACCUGCUUGGCUCACCCAGAUUCCCCAUGCUCGGGCCGCCAGUCGCACGAGAACUUUCAGUCUUUUAUCCUCUGUGAAGUCCUCGAAUUGCAGCAGACCUGGGGAUUACAGUCACCCACCCCGAGCAAGCUCAUCCCUGCCCCAGGGGUGUUUGGGGUAACAGCAAAUCUAAAGGGAGCUCUGAGCAGCCCUAAACCCUGGCUGCAGCCUUUCCACACCUCAGCGCCCGUAGUCUCCAGCCAGUUACCCAGACAUUCACGUCCUCUGCCUUCUGCUUACCCCUGAGUGUGUCUUACUGCUUAAAGCUGCAGGUAGGGUCUCACUAUGGCAGUGCUUCCUGGAUGAGCUCAGGACGGGAGUUCUUAUUUUAUUGGAAUGGUUACCCAUUUAUUAAAAACAACAACAACAACAAAACAGACUGUAUCGAGCCUGUGCCUUUCACAAGCUCAGCUCUAGAGAGGGUGGGUUUAAAAUCAGUUUGAGCUGGGCGUUGGUGGCACACGCCUUUAGUCCCAGCACUCGGGAGGCAGAGGCAGGCAGAUCUCUGUGAGUUCGAGGCCAGCCUGGUCUACAGAGUGAGUUCCAGGACAGCCUCCAAAACAAUACAGAGAAACCCUGCCUCGAAAACCAACCAAACAAAAAAUCAGCUUGAAGACGAGUGAGGCAUGCUGGGGGUGGUGGCCCACUGGGAAGGGCAGUGAUGUGGGAUGCUCGCCCAGCUCGCCAAGGGUUGCCCUGGGCCCUGCUAAGAGCAUGUGUGUCCCUGCUCCCAAAUCCUGAUUCCACAGAAGUGGGCCUCUAUCCAGGCUAGUGAGCAGCAGCUGUGUUGGUAGGCUCUGGCACAGGGACCCCAAGGUCAGGGCACAGUGGAGAAGUAAGGAGGAAAGAGAUGUUGAAGGGGUGCUGCCUGCAAAGCCCUUCUUUGAGGUGAGGAGUGGGAAAGUGGUUGUUAAACCCAUUUUACACCUGGGUAAACUGAGGCUCUGGGCAAGUGAAGCAGCGAUUCUGCCCUGGCCACCUGCGAAGGGCCCUAGCCUGAGCACCCGUGGUUGAAGGGAGGGUGGCUCCAAGGGCGCAGUGUGGAGCUGGCCGUGGUGUAGAGGGCAGGGCCGGGCCCACAGUCUUCGGGCUUUACAGAGGUGGCGUUUGACAGCGUCUAGCACCCUCUGCUCUCCGGGUCCAGCUCAAUCCUGAGGGCGCCCCUGUGUGUGCUUAUGCGGCUCCUCCACAGCCAGCGUCCUCCCUGCCGUGGCUCUGAGGCUGAGCAGAGGUGCUCAGGCGUCUGCACCCUUACACUGGACUGCGGGGCCCCAGAGCAAGCAGACAUGCUGAAGGGUGUUUUAGGGAAAUGGGCAAGGUUUAAGCAAGGGACGCACGUCUAUACAGAAUGAUUAGCUGAGCCCAGAAGCACAGAGACUACCUGGGGUGGGCUCUCUAGGCCCAAUCCUAGGUAUCCGGCCUUGUGUCCGUGAGCAGGGAGUCAGGGACCGGGAGAGCUGUGAGCUGCUGUCAAGAUGAGUUGUAAUGGGCAAGGAUUGGGUGGGUGACCCCUCAACACUGUGGCUUGGGGCUGUGGCCUCAGGCCAAGCCUGUCCAUCACCAAAGCACAAACUCCCCCAAUCCACAAGGGUCUGGAUGUGAGGAGGAUGGGGACACAGGUACCAAUGUCCUAAGCUGUUAAUUUGCCAGGCUGUGUUGCAUCUGCAGAGCAGGGUCUGGAGCCAGAGAGAGCCUCCCCUGCCUUCUUGCUAUCUCCUGCUCUGGUUCAGGCAGUCGCUCUGAGGAGGGUGAACCGCGAGCAGUACUUGUCCCCAAUGUUUCUCUUAGAGCUCCCAGCAACCAGAGGCACCUCCAGCUCCUUUUGCUACUCUGUGUAAGGGCUUGGGAUCUUAGAAGUUGCUGUUUAACCCAGACACACAUACUCUUUUCUUUUUCUUUUCGUCAUUGUGCAAUAAUCGGUGUCCCUGGCAGAGCUGGGGCCUGGGGGAGGCAGCGGCCACCUUGUCCUGUAAGCCCCCAGCCCAGUCCUGCUGCUGUGGCUCUAACUUCUGGUCACUGUACAGUUUCUACAGUGUGAAUGAACUUUCCCCUCUUAGUCGCUGAAGGCGCUGGUCCCUGCUGGCCCAGAUGGCCCGGGCGUAGAGAAACCAAGCCGAACCGCCAGCCAGCGUUGUUUUGAAUAAAACCUUAGAAACUA